AUGUUUGUGGACGGUUCCUGCCUACAGAUCAACAUGCUGAACAACAGCGGUUGGAAGACUGAAAAUUCAGAUGAUUGGGUCUAUUAUCCUCAGCAAUAUGUCAAUGUAUCCAUGACAGCAGCCAAAGUCUCGGUUGCAUUAGUGGGAGGGUGCUGCGCACCAAACAGGUUUAAACAGACGGGAUUUCUUUAUCAAGAUGAUGGAUCCACUUAUGCUGAAACAGGAAAUAAGAUAGUAAGCAUUGCUGAUCGCGGAUUGAAACAAAACAUCACUGUUACUGGAUGGUAUAUGAAGAAAUUUGUCGAUGAUAAUGCUAUGAACCUUACUAUCAUCCCAUCCAUUCACCAUCCUGAUAAACAAUCCAUCUUUUUUGAGAUUGUAGCAUUUGAUAGAGCUAUGAUGAUCAACUAUCAGUUCUUUGACUAUCAGGAUAAACUCAUUGGGAGUCAUUCGAGUGGUGUGCUACGCAAUGCUAUCAGUAUUCCGGAUAUUACCUUACCAAGAUACACACGCCGAGUUUCCUUAUACUCAUACGCCUUGAAUAGUCUAUUGAGUUUUAUGGUUCAAGAGCAGAUCCUAUGUGCUUUUCUUAUAUUUACGCUGGUCUCUAUUCCUAUUCGGUUUUUAUGCAGAACUCCUUCUCAUAAAGUGUUGAUGUGUAUCAUUAUAACUCUAGGUUCAUUUAUUUUGAAUCAAGCAUGGAAUUUGAUCAACUCCCAAUCAAGUAUUUUUCAUGAUUGGUUACCACGAGCAGCAAAAAUAGUUGGUGCAUUUACUACGUGUGUAUUAUUCGGGCUCCGCAUAUCAUUAGAUCUCCCUUCUUUGGUUAUCACUUAUGCUCGUAGUUUACCAUUCUUGAUCGUCAAUUCAUUCGCUGCUGUACCUACCUUUAUUGCAUAUUUUACUGUGUUGGUUUACUUUGGCAAUGACCAUAAUUCGACAUUUGGUCUUGUUUGGCUCAUCUUGACAGUUAAGAUAUGGCAAGUUGAAUUUUUUCCUCUUGUCAAAUAUGUUACUCGACCCGAAUUUAUGAUGAUGUGUAUUCGAAAACUGUUUGGGGUACACAAACAUGUCAGAAUCCCUUUUGCGAUAAAGACAUCAUUGACCUUAUUGUUGUACUGUCUUGUUCAACUGAUUCCUCUUUUAUUGACUCAAAUGAUUGGUGUGGGUGGUAUUGUUCCUCUUCAUAUCUGUAGCUGGACACCUUACCUUGCUCAGUUCCAAUAUCACCCAAAUCCAAUGGAAUUUGCUAUCAAGACAUUUCUAUUAAUACAAAUUGCUGUCUAUUUUGCUACAUUAGGAGCAGGGGGAUGGUUUACGGGAACGCUUUACUUUAUGGUGGAAGUGAGUUUGAUUGGUGUUUUUAUUACUGCUAUCAUUCAACUGGAUCGACUCAGAGACUUGUUUUUUCGUCAUGUUGGCUACGGUGUCUUUUUUGCUAGUUUUUUUAUUGCAUUUAUUGUUCAAUUGAUACAAAAAAGGAUUACGAAUUUGAUAUUUAUAGAGAAUCGAUCCAGAUUUACAAUUCAAAACCGCGCUCCUUUGUUACAUUAUUGGUAUUUUAUGAUGCUGACAUCUAUGACGCGAGCCUUGACUUCCUAUAUCAUUCGAACGCUCAAGUUGAUAUUGCGUUAUCCUUUGUUCAGUCUUCGUGUAGAUAGAAAUGCUGAAACAUGGAGUGUCCGUCGUGGAGAUGGUGGGUUUACAGCUUAUUGUGGUAUGUUACUAGCAGAGCAUGAAUACAACAAUCCUGUUGUCUUGGUCUUUGUAGAAUGUUUGUUACACUGUACAUCAUAUUUAGAUCAAAAGCAAUACUCAACAAAAAGUAACAUCAGGCUAUGUAAAAAACACCAACAAUAUUUCUCCAAGAGACAUGCGAAGGAAGAUGAAGAGGAGAUUUUCGAAAUAACAGCACUGAAAGAGGAUAUGAUCUUGAACAAGCAUGCUUUGAUAGAUGAUGCCAUAACAUCCGCCUCUCAAGAAAUGACAAGUGCACCUACAAAAGUACUUCAAAGAGCCAAAACCAGAUGGUUUCUAGCAUACACAUUGAUACAUAAUCCGGGAAUGCGCCAAUAUCGAAUGAAGAGAUUAAUCACAUAA